AACCCCUAUUCUAUCUCCACGAUUUUCACCUUGCACAGCCAUUCUCUCACGAUUGGAAAUUCUCUCCCUCUCACAAUCGCACACUCGCAUAGGUAUUUGUCGACCGUCAGGUUUUCGCCAUUUACCGUUGCUGUGCUACACCAUCGCCUCUUCAUUCUAGCUCAGAUAGUGACUAAACAAAGUCGAAGUUUGACCCUAAAUCUUCAUAAUAAAAAUGGGCAAAGAGGUCUGAAAAUCUUGGGGACACUUACUAUCCAUGCUGAGGAAACUGUUGCUUCAAGGAAUGUUGUUGAGAUAACAUUUCGCUGUUCGCACUUGGACAACAAGGACCUAUUUUCCAAAAGUGAUCCUUUCUUAAGAAUAUCUAGGAUUGUUGAGAGCGGAGGUGCUGUUCCGAUUUGCAAAACAGAAGUUGUCAACAACAACUUGAAUCCAAUUUGGAAGCCCGUAUGUCUGACUAUGCAGCAAUUUGGAAGCAAGGAUAACCCAUUAGUUAUUGAGUGUUUUGAUUUCAAUAGCAAUGGCAAUCAUGUACUUAUCGGUAAACUUCAGAAAUCGGUGGCAGAUCUAGAAAAAAUUGGUGCGAAUUUUAUUUUUCCAUCUUCUCGUAACCGUGCUCAUGACAAGGUUCUAAAGGGCCAACUGUUUGUUGAUGGCUUUUGUGAGAAGAAACUGUACAGUUUUCUUGAUUAUAUUUCUAGUGGAUUUGAGCUGAACUUCAUGGUAGCUGUUGAUUUUACUGCUUCGAAUGGAAAUCCUCGAAAUCCAGAUUCCUUGCACUACAUUGAUCCUACUGGGCGGUUGAAUGCUUACCAGCAGGUCAUAAUGGAGGUUGGGGAGGUCAUACAAUUUUAUGAUUUUGAUAGACGCUUUCCUGCUUGGGGCUUUGGUGGAAGAACAUAUGACAGUUCUAUAUCUCAUUGUUUUAACUUAAAUGGAGGUGCAAGUGGCUUUGAGGUUGAAGGAAUAGAAGGCAUCAUGGCUGCUUAUGGUAGUGCUUUGAGGAACGUUGCACUUGCUGGACCCACUUUAUUCGGUCAAGUGAUCAACACUGCUGCAGAAAUAGCUGGUCGUUCGCUCUCCCAGGACAGCAGCAAGUAUUUUGUCUUGCUUAUUAUAAUGGAUGGAGUCCUUACUGACCUCCAAGAAACUAAAGAUGCUUUGGUAAUGGCAUCUGAUCUACCCCUAUCCAUUCUUAUUGUUGGAGUGGGUGGUGCAGAUUUCAAACAAAUGGAGAUCCUUGAUGCUGACAAUGGACAUCGAUUGGAGAGUUCUACAGGGAGGAUAGCUACACGAGACAUUGUACAGUUUGUUCCAAUGCGUGAUGUACAUGGUGAGUUCUUACUUAAUUUGAUUUACUAUUUCAAAGUCUGUAGAAUAUUUUGGUUUAGAGUUUUGGCCACAUUUGGGCAGGACCUAAGAAGCAUGGACACGGACACGUGA